GGUGAGAGGGGGUGUGUUCGGAUCCCACUGGAGGAGCCAGUAACGCCGAGGAUGCGUCAGGGAGCAUGACUGCUGCCGGAAAGGGGCAUGACAUGAUCUGUCAGAAGGCAGUGUCUCUCAUAGUUGACCUCUGUACGCAGGACAGCCCGCGGCUGGACCACAACACCUGUGAGGAGUUCCUCUUUCUCAUCUCCAAUCAAGAGUACAACCACAAGGAUUCAGACAUCGCUGUUGGCCUCCCCAUCGGUGUGAUAAUAGCGUGUGGCUUGGCGCUGCUGUUGCUCGCUGCAUUCGUCUCCUGGAAGCUGUGCUGGGUCCCUUGGAGGAACAAAGCCCUCUCGUCGAGUUCUGCGGCCCUCGCACCUGACGACUGCCCCUCGUUUCAUUUACCGUCUCUUCUGCCCAGUCCUCAGCCGUCUGAGGUCACUAUGGCGACUGAGAAGGAAAAGUAUCCUAUGGCGUCGAUGGGCUUCCUGGAGGCAGCUGUUAAAAUAAGUCACACCUCUCCCGACAUCCCUGCCGAGGUGCAGCUCUCCAUGAGGGAGCACUUCCUGCGCCGUACGCAGCGCAUGCAAAGACAGACCACAGAGCCAGCGUCGUCCACCAGGCAUAGUUCCUUCAAACGUCACCUUCCCCGUCAAAUGCAGGUAGGGAGUCUGGACCUGGGAGAUGACUAUGAUGUGGAUGAGCAGCCAACCAGCAUUGGCCGUAUCAAGCCUGAACUCUACAAGCAAAUGACCACAGAGAACGACGAAUCCGGCAAUAGCAAAGGUGGCAAAAACUGCGGCAAGAUCAACUUUUCCCUCCGCUAUGACUAUGAGAACGAGAUGUUGCUUGUCAAGAUACUCAAGGCAUUUGAUCUCCCAGCCAAGGACCUUUGCGGCAGCUCCGACCCGUAUGUCAAGAUCUACCUGCUGCCGGAUCGGAAGCAGAAGUUCCAGACACGAGUCCAUCGUAAAACACUCAACCCCACGUUUGACGAGUCCUUCCAGUUUCCGGUACCCUACGAUGAGCUUCCCGUCAGGAAGCUCCAUCUCACUGUUUUCGACUUUGACAGGUUCUCACGGCACGAUAUGAUCGGGGAGGUCAUACUGGACAAUCUGUUUGAAGUGUCUGAUCUCUCAAGGGAGGCCUCCAUCUGGAAAGACAUUCAGUAUGCUACCUCUGAGAGCGUGGACCUUGGGGAGAUCAUGUUCUCACUCUGCUAUCUACCUACGGCAGGCAGAUUAACACUCACUGUCAUCAAAUGCAGGAACCUAAAGGCAAUGGACAUUACAGGAUAUUCAGAUCCCUAUGUGAAAGUAUCCCUCAUUUGUGAUGGAAGACGCCUGAAAAAGAAGAAGACCACAAUAAAGAAAAACACCCUGAAUCCCACUUAUAAUGAGGCCAUUAUCUUUGACAUCCCUCCAGAGAGCAUGGACCAAGUCAGCUUGCACAUCUCAGUCAUGGACUAUGACCUGUAA